UUUGUUGAUUUAGUCAACGAAUGUACUUCUGCCUCACUGAAUAGUGUACAGCUCUCUUAUCAGUGUUUGACGUUUAACGUAAUUUUUUUUUUUACCAACAAUUUUUUCACAUGCGGUUUUGUUAUCAAUUUUGAAAAAAAGUAUACACAAAGUAUAGCGAUAUAACGUUUGGUGGAAUGCGUUGCUUCCGAGUAUCUUUCGUUUUUCCUUUUCCGUUUUCGUACUCUUAUAACACAAAAGUGAAUCAUUUUUAGUGAUAAUGCUCGCGUGGAAUAUGAUUUUUCGGAUUUUUUUUCUAUCCUAGUUACGCUUAAAAACUCACUAAUUCUGGAGACAAUUUACGUCAUUCUCAUUUCCAUUUAAACGGAUCGCGACAACAAAAAUGAGAAAUUUCCAAAAUGGAAUCAUGGCCUGAUAAUACCCUCUCCCAUUUUCCUCGGCCUCAUCAUCAUCAUUCAGCAUCGUACAGACGCAGUAUAUCAGAGGAAAGCGGCUACAUUUCAGCAGACUCGGAUAUGGUGAUAGAUACAUUGAAAAAAACCAAAAUUCACAAACACGACGUAUUCGAAACAAUCGACGCGAUCGAAAAGAGUAAUUUUUCGUGGUGCCGAGUAAAAGAAUACAUGAAAACCCUCAGCUUGGAGCAGCAGCCAAUAGAAUUGGAAAAUGAUUCGGAUGAAUUUUCGCUGCAAGAAAAAAUUCAAAAAAUGCCCAAAUCGAACGAUUCUCCAGGCUUGAGUCGAGAAUCUCAACAGGAUACCGAGUUGACUGACGAACAAUCGCGAACUUCUCAGAACUCCGAAAGUAAUCCAGAGCCGAGUACCUCGAGAAGAAGUUUAACCUCGAGUGAAACUAAUUUAUUACCUUCGGAUCCAAACGAAUGGAAUAGUCAACACAUCGAGUCAUGGUUAGCCUACUGUACGAAAGAACUGGAACUUUGGCCAGUUCCAAAAGCAUCGGAUUUACCAAAAACCGGAGCCGAACUGUGCGCAUUCGCCAGAUCGGAUUUCGAACAACGGACUCGAAACAUACGCACGGCUCGAUUACUGUAUUUGCAUUUGCUGUAUCGAAAGCACCAAGCCGGACGUCCCAUAAGUCCUCAUUUAUUGGAAACUCACCAAAAAGAAGAUCCGUACGAAAUUCUAACCGCGCAUAGUGGCCGUCUAGUCGCUCAAAGUACAGCGACCGGAGGCUCUGGACAAAUCCAAUUGUGGCAGUUCCUUUUAGAAUUAUUGGCCGAUUCGACAAACGCCAACUGUAUCACGUGGGAAGGCACUAAUGGCGAAUUCAAGCUAACCGAUCCUGACGAGGUGGCGAGACGUUGGGGCGAGCGAAAAUCUAAGCCUAAUAUGAACUACGAUAAAUUAAGUCGUGCUCUAAGGUACUACUAUGACAAGAACAUCAUGACCAAAGUGCACGGCAAAAGGUACGCGUAUAAAUUCGACUUUCGCGGAUUAAUGGCCGCGUGUCAAAAUCAAAGCCAGUCAACUUCGGCCGUCUCAGAACCGUACAGAUAUUCACACGCUGCUGAUUUAUCGCCCUUUUACCAAGCUACAACUCAAUCUACGUCGAUGACCAGUGUUCUCGCCAAUCCACCAGCAUCGUAUUGGUCAACAGCGUCGCCUGCAUUCCCAUCUAUAUACCCUUUACCGCACACUUCUAGGUAUCCUCCUUUCACUGACACAUAAUGAGCCAUGAGCCAGAGCCAAAGCCGGCGUAAAAAUUUACAUCAGAAUCAGAUGACCACGUGUUACCAGUUCUGUAAAUUUAUUCUGUAAAUAGAUCUGUGUAAAAUAAACGAAUAACGAUUUUACGGUGCAAUUUUUUUUUCAUUUUGAUUUUGAAAUUUUUUUCUCUUAUGGAUUAAGAAUUUAUUUAUGAUAAGAAUUUCGUUUUGUCAUUUGUAUUCGUAAAAUUGUAAUUUUAUAAACAAUAAAA